CUCCCCUGCUCUCUCCCCACCCCCAAACACCAUCACCCACAUUCACCCAGAGCGACCCAAGUGCCGGAUCGAAGCCUCGCGUCCGUGCGUUCACGCACCUAAGCUCGGAGAGCAUGUCGUCGCAGCGGCUCGGGCGCCACCAGCGUCGGGCGUCGCAGAGCGUGUUCGCGCUGCCGGAGAACUUCGCCGCCCUGGACGACGUGCCGGCGUCCGACGAGCACCGGAAGGCGUCGUCGCCGGGCGGCGGCGCGGCCGAGCAGCAGCAGCGGCCCGCGGCGGGGCGCCACCGGCGGGCCAUAUCCAUGGCCGUCGCCUCCUCCUCCAGGGACCUCGAGAUGAUCAAGGAGGACGUCGGCGGCUACAACAACAACCACAAGAUCGGCGCCUAGAUUAGCGGCGGCGGCGGCGCCGGUGCGCACGGCCGGCGCAGCUCGAGGCACGCACAUGCACGGUGUUCGUAAUACGUGCGUGCUUGCUCGGCGGCGCUCUCGCCCGGGUCGCGCGCACGGCAAAGCUUUUGCUGCAGCUGGUGCCGGAGGGCCGUGGCGCGUGCUGCUUCGCUGUGGUUUGUGUAUGUGUGGUCAAGCGACCAAGUCUGGUUGAGGUCUUGCUUGCUUCCCUUUUCUUUUGCUCAAGACAUGCCUGUAAGGUGUGAUGCUAUUUGCGAGUUUAAAACUCUUCAAACUUC